CCGCCGCCUACCAACCAAACGGGGGCACUCGGUUCGCUUGCGCACACUUGCGCACGGAGCAAUAUUAACAACCGGGCACUAGUGGUUGUUUGCGCUUCGACCAGUACGGACGGGGCGAACGGUUUUCGGUUAGCUUCUUCCAUCCAUCCCUCCAUCGGCGAGCUACAUGCAAUUGGUUUGGCACGGUUUCAUCGUUCAUCGUACACACUGUCUCAGUCUUCAUCCCUCACGCUCCACAAUUGAUCCAAUUUCGCCGGUCUAAUCAAAACCAAAUUGCGUUCCCUUUCGUUCGCCUGGGCUCUGGCUGAGCUGAGCGACGACUACGCGAGUGUCGAGUGUAGCGUAUUAGAACUGUGUUACAUUGUUGCACAUUGUUGCAAAGCGGCUUAGAUCAUACAGCAGACGGGAAAGACAAUCCCUCUCCCUCCUCGCGUUCUAUUCCUCGGGUUACAUUAAAACGUGCUCGCACUACGAAUAGAAUCGUCAUCAUUCCAGCUUGCAUUAUAUAGACCUGCCCACCACACUGUACAAACAUCUUUGGUAAAAAAGUGCUUCAUUGUAGUUUGCAAAGCAGCUAGCGCUCGACGGCAUUUGAACAAAUCGUCAAGCAUGGCAACGAUGCAGUUUACACGCAACUUGUUGCAGCAGUGCAGCAGCGGAGCAAGCGCACGCCUCGUCUUCUAUAGUACUGCCACUGCCGGUAAUCAUAAGCUUCGGCAGAUCAUUCAACACCAGCUGGACGAUAUCCGGGAGGCCGGAACGUACAAAAGUGAGCGUAUUAUAACCACGCCGCAAGCGACUGCUAUUGGUGUGGAGGGUAGCACCGGCAAGAUUCUUAACUUUUGUGCUAACAACUACCUCGGACUAUCGGCCAAUCAUGACGUCAUCAACUAUGGCAAGAAGGCUCUCGAUGAGUACGGUGCCGGGUUGAGCUCCGUUCGCUUCAUCUGCGGCACGCAGGACAUUCACAAGCAGCUCGAGAACAAGCUGUCGCAGUUCCACCAGCGUGAGGAUACGAUCCUGUACGCGUCCUGUUUCGAUGCGAAUGCGGGCAUCUUUGAGGCGGUCCUGACGCCCGAGGAUGCCGUGUUUUCCGACGAGCUGAAUCACGCCUCCAUUAUCGACGGCAUUCGGCUGUGCAAGGCGAAGAAAGCGCGCUAUCUGCACCGCAACAUGGCCGAUCUGGAGGAGAAGCUGCGUACGACGGACGCCCGCGUCAAGAUGAUCGUAACGGAUGGUGUGUUCUCGAUGGAUGGUAAUGUGGCACCGUUGGCGGAAAUUUUCGAGCUAGCCGACCGGUACGGUGCGGUUACGUUCGUGGACGAUUGCCAUGCGACCGGGUUCUUCGGCAAAACUGGGCGUGGUACGGAGGAGUUCUACGGCAUGCUGGGACGGUGUGAUAUUAUCAAUUCCACGCUGGGGAAAGCGCUUGGCGGUGCGGCCGGUGGUUAUACGACGGGACCGCGCGAGCUGAUCGAUCUGUUGCGCCAAAAGUCUCGACCGUAUCUGUUCUCCAACUCGCUGCCUCCGCCAGUGGUUGCGAGUGCGUUGAAGGUGAUCGAUAUGCUGAUGGAAUCGAGCGAACUGACGGCGAAGGUGCAGAGCAAUACGCGUCGCUUCCGGGAGGCGAUGACGCGGGCUGGUUUUACCAUCUCCGGCAUGGAUCAUCCAAUUAGCCCGGUAAUGUUGGGCGAUGCCCGCCUGGCGUCGACGUUUGCGGACGAGAUGCUGAAGCGUGGCAUUUAUGUGAUCGGCUUCAGCUAUCCGGUCGUUCCCAAGGGCAAGGCUCGCAUUCGUGUGCAGCUGUCGGCGGCUCACUCGGAGGAGGAAAUCGAUCGUGCGGUGGCGGCAUUCAUUGAGGUCGGCAAGCAGCUGGGUGUGGUGUCGUAAGACCGGUGCACACUUGCACGUAACACGUUCGGUACAUUGUUCAGAUUGUUCAGAAGCGGAACAUGGAAUGGAUUAAUGUUGAAAAA